AUGAUCACCAACAGCUUAGAUACUGACUACACAACACCCAAAAAAGACGUCGUUUUUCUGUUGGACGGUUCAGAUGGCACUAGGAAUUCUUUCCGAGCAAUGUGUGACUUUGUACAAAGAGUAGUGGAGAAAUUAAACAUAGCGGAAAACAGAGACCGAGUUUCUGUGGUGCAGUACAGUCGAGAAGCAGAGGUCAAAUUCUAUUUAAAUGCAUACACAACAAAGGAAGACGUUUUAGACAGUGUGAGAGGUCUGAGACACAAAGGGGGGAGACCCCUCAACACAGGGGCAGCUCUUCAACACGUCAAAGACCGUGUCUUUACUGCCUCCUCUGGCAGCAGACGACUGGAGGGUGUGCCGCAAAUAUUGAUUCUCCUAAGUGGGGGAAGGUCAUAUGACAAUGUUGACGCAGCAGCAUCCUCUCUGAAGGAAAUUGGAGUUUUGACAUUCGGAAUAGGAUCGAGGGGCUCUGAUAGCGGGGAAUUGCAGAGAAUUUCAAAUGACCCCAAGUAUGCUAUAUCUGUGUCUGACUUUAGUGAGCUUCCAAAUGUCCAAGAGCAGUUGCUGGCCUCCAUACACACGGUUGCAGUACCCUUUGCUACAACGUCACCAACUGCUGACUACACAACACCCAAAAAGGACGUAGUUUUUCUGUUGGAUGGUUCAGAUGGCACUAGGAGUUCUUUCCCAGCAAUGCGUGACUUUGUGCAAAGAGUAAUGGAGAAAUUAAACAUAGAGGAAAACAGAGACCGAGUUUCUGUGGUUCAGUACAGUCGAGACCCAGAUGUCCAUUUCCAUUUAAAUGCAUACACAACGAAGGAAGACGUUUUAGAAAGUGUGAGAGGUCUGAGACACAAAGGGGGGAGACCCCUCAACACAGGGGCAGCUCUUCAACACGUCAAAGACAAUGUCUUUACUGCCUCCUUUGGCAGCAGACGACUGGAGGGUGUGCCGCAAAUAUUGAUUCUCCUAAGUGGGGGAAGGUCAUAUGACAAUGUUGACGCAGCAACAUCCUCUCUGAAGGAAAUUGGAGUCUUGACCUUCGGAAUAGGAUCGAGGGGCUCUGAUAGCAGGGAAUUGCAGAGAAUUUCAAAUGACCCCAAUUAUGCUAUAUCUGUGUCUGACUUUAGUGAGCUUCCAAAUGUCCAAGAGCAGUUGCUGGCCUCCGUACACACGGUUGCAGUACCCAUUGCUACAAUGUCACCAACUGGUAUGUGCAUGACAAACAUUUACGUGCUGUGCCUUUUCUGUCUAGAUGUGAAAUCGCUGAGUAGUUGUGGGCUGUGGGAUAAUCACCAACCGCUUAGAUAG